GAAAGCUAACAUGAUGUGUGCUUCACAUAAUCCAUUAUUUUAUUGCACAGUGUAAGACAGAAAAACAAAAACGCUAAAUGUCUAAUCCAUCUUCACCGAAUCAAUCCAAACUUCCGGAAGUUUCAGCACCCCCACUUCCACCUGAAUUUGAUAUUUCUCAGUCACAACCCUCGAAUGAGUUGGUCGGCUACUCUCCCCCUGUGGCCAUUUAUCCGCAACCACAACCGAAACAACGUGUAAUCACUGAGCAGCCAAUGCCAAGUGCCUCUGAUAGAGAUAGUUGGAUGGCCGCACCUGCUCAAGCGCUAGGACCGGCCCCUGGUCUCGAUUACUUGGCCAAUGUUGGCUACAUAUUUGUCGAACAAGAGGUUGAACUUGUCGAAGCGUUUUUCGGAUGGGAGUCUAACAAUAGGUACCAAAUCAAGAAUCAUUUUGGCCAAAAUUUGUUUUACGCAGAAGAACGUACCGGCUUUUUCAAUAGAUGGUGUUGCAAUACGCGCAGAUCGUUCACCAUAAAGAUAUUCGAUUACUAUCAGAAUGAAAUUAUGCGCCUUAGUCGUCGUCUAGCCUUCAAUACCUGCUUCUGUCCGUGUUACCUGCAGAGAUUGGAAGUACAAGUACCGCCAGGCAACGUUAUCGGCACCGUUAAUCAAACCUGGAGCUGUUUAACUCCAAGUUUCGAUAUCAGAAACGAACUUGGUUACACCAUGUUCUUAUUACGAGGUCCUAUUUGCAAAUACAGUAUCUGCGGUGAUAUCGAAUUCAAAUUUUACACGCCCGAAGAUAAACAGGAAGUGGGUAAGAUUUCGAAAAAAUGGAGCGGUUUCAUGAAGGAAAUGUUCACGGAUGCAGAUCAUUUUGGAAUUUCAUUUCCAGUCGAAUUAGAUAUUCGCACGAAAGCUAUUAUGAUUGGUGCUUGCUUCUUAAUAGAUUUCAUGUACUUUGAGGAAGCACCAAGCAAAUAAAAAGACAGCCCUAUUUGAAAACAUCUUCCGGUGUUUGAAUUUUUUACACUUUUUUAAAAAGUAUAUUACGUGGUAUUUUUAGAAUAAAAAUCAUCCAACGAGUUUAUCGUCACGUUGCAUUAUUUAAAUUCGUAAAAUAUUAC